CUUAAAACUGCGACGUGGAAAGUUUGAAAUUGCGUUACGUGACAUCACGAGGGCCUUUAGUCCACGUUUGGAACGUGUGUGUGUGUGUGUGUGUGUGUGAAGAGUAAGACACUUGACUAUAAUUAAAGGUGAGUGCACUGAAGUAGAGGAGAGAGAGAAGAGCUGAAAGCAAUGGACGGAGCGGUGGCUGUUAUUUUAAUCUCUGUGGCGAUGUUUGUGGGAUGUUUUCUGCUCGGACUCAUUCCAUUAAUAGUCAAGUUUUCCCAGCAGAAGCAGCAGUUUAUUACCGUGCUGGGGGCGGGGCUUCUAUGUGGCACCGCCCUCGCGAUUAUUAUUCCAGAAGGGGUGGAGCUACUGGAGGGGUCAUCCAGAGAUUCCCUUUGCUCGGUCGUAACAGCUAGACUGAAUACCUCCGAUGCAAUUUCUACUCUCAAGCCUUCCACAGAGAAAGGAUUGCGUCCACAUGUCUUCAUUGGAGCAUCACUGGUUCUGGGGUUCACGUUGAUGUUUGUAGUUGAUCAGAUUGCUGAUUACUGCUCUGCACACGUCUCGCGUGCGAGUGUAUACAAUGGCAGCACCACAGCGACUCUGGGUCUCCUCAUUCAUGCAGCAGCUGAUGGUAUGGCUCUAGGUGCCGCUGUUGCAUCAUCUCAAGUGUCAGUUCAGGUCAUUGUCUUCUUUGCUGUGAUUCUGCACAAGGCUCCAGCUGCGUUUGGUCUCGUCUCGUUCCUCAUGCACGCAGGUUUGGAGAGCAGCACAAUUCGGAAGCAUUUGUUGGCUUUUUCAUGUGCAGCGCCUCUGACGGCAAUCAGCACCUACUUCAUCCUGAUUGCGACGGGUGGAUCGUCAGAGCACCGCCUCAGUGCCACAGGAAUUGGCAUGCUGGUGUCAGCUGGAACGUUCCUUUAUGUGGCUACGGUGCAUGUGCUACCUGAGAUUAACAGCAGAGGACAGCAGCGAUCUGGUCACAUCCACCAACAUGCGGGAACGGGACAGUACCAUCACGCAGGACUUGGGUUAAUGGAAAGCAUCACUCUGGUCAUUGGAGCUGGACUUCCUGUGCUCUUAGCCCUCGGCCUACCUGACGAAUGAAGGACUGUUACAUUGCCAAAGGUUCUCUGUGAGAUUGAAUGUAUUUUAAAUGCAUUUUGGAUCGAUGAUGCUCAAUGAGCAUGACUGACUAGUUAUGAUUCACCGGCAUGAUCAAUCCCUAAACCCAGCGGUACUGAGUUUUUAUAUAUCAGGUGUACUAGUCCUGUUUCAUUUCACUAUUAAGGUCAUUUGCAAUGUUGUCCAGGAAAACAGAAGCAAUAAACACUUUUUUUUUUUUUUUUGUGACACAGUCCUGCAUAUUUUGCAGGAUUUAUUUAUUUCACAAAAGCGCCUACUUGUGGCCAUCUGCUGAUCUCUGUUGCACAGUGCUAUGCAAAAGUGCGAUGAAAAUUUCAAGAUGAUUUCUGCUUAUUUAAUGAAAUUAACAAAGAAUGAAGACAUACAGUAUGCAGUAGAACAAGUGAAAACAUGUAGCUUGGAUCCAAAUGCAACGAUGAGUUUGUACUUGGUGAAAAACCGAAACAGCGUAACCAUAAGAGAAUGGCAUCCUGUACAGUGUACACUAUUUCAGCAAUAUUCAAGAAAUAAUAUUCUAGUUUUGCGCAGCUUGGAUGGUAUUAAUAUAAAUUGCAUGUUUAGAGGAAGCCAUAGCCUAAUGGUUAGCGAAGCAGCUUUGGGACCAAAAGGUUGCCAGUUCGAUUCCCUGGACCACUAGGAAUGGCUGAAGUGCCCUUGAGCAAGGCACCGAAUCCCCAAAUGCUCCCCAGGCUGCUCUGGAUAUGUUGUACGUCGCUCUGGAUAAGAGUGUCUGCUAAAUGCCAUUCAUGUAAAAUCUAAUGUAAUGAUACUACAUUAUGUUCUUUAUGUAAAAAAAAAAUACAUUCUGUGUAAUUCUGGAUGGGACAACUGGGGGCAAUCCAUGUACCAGCAGUAACGUUGGAGGAAAACCAAGGAAACCCACCUGGACACGGGAAGAACAUGGGAAACUCUGCACAGACUCGAUUCCCUGGAGCUGUUAGGCAGCACCAUGUAAACAUUCAAAGCACAAACUUUCCUCCGCCUUGGCACUGGUGUCUCGAAUUCUUCCCUAGCUGCGAUUUUCACAUCAAGUUAUUGUCCUGUCCGCGGUAAGUAACAAAUGAUUUUGAAGGAAAUAAGAAUAGGUCACAAAAGCUGCAGUUUAUAUUUAAUACAUGACUCAAGUGUAUGGAAUACAGAAGUGUUCAGAAUGCUGUUCUGUACAUCAUGUACACCACAUAACAAACAAGUAGCUCAGACAACCCAUAAAGAUUUUCUUGAAGUUCCA